CACUUCUUGCAUUCUAAUAAAAAUUGAUUCUUUUUAGGUGUUCCUUUUGCUUUUUUGGAAUUUUCUAAGUUCUGUUAUUAUCUUCUUGUCAUGUCAAGAAGAUAAAAUUCUUUGUUAAGAACUUGUUUGAUAAAUUUGCCUGAGAGAAUAAUUUUAGCUUAGCAAGUAUGGGUUUUGAUGACAAUAACAAGGAGGGUAAAGACCAAUCUACCCUUGUUGAGAUAAGGAAAGGUGGAAUUGGUGAUAGUGAUUCAGAGAUUGAACAUGAGGUUAAUAAUGAGAAUAAUAGUAAAGUUAGUAGACAAAUGAGUGAAAGUUCAAUGUAUACUACUGAAGAUGAUGAUGAAGAUGAAAAUAUUAUUAAUAAGAUUGAGUUGGGUCCUCAAUGUACUCUCAAAGAACAAUUUGAGAAAGAUAAGGAUGAUGAAAGUUUGAGAAGAUGGAAGGAACAGCUUCUUGGAAGUGUGGAUAUUAAUGCUGUUGGAGAAUCACUGGAUCCAGAAGUGAAGAUUUUGAGCCUUGAAAUUAAGUCCCCGGGUAGAGCUGAUAUUGUCCUCCCAAUCCCGGAGGACGGAAAACCCAAAAGUCCAUGGUUUGUCCUGAAAGAAGGCAGCAAAUACAGCCUGAAAUUCAAUUUCCAGGUCAGCAAUAAUAUAGUGACAGGUCUCAAAUACACGAACACAGUUUGGAAAACUGGUAUCAAAGUGGACAGCAUGAAAGAAAUGAUUGGGGCCUUUAGUCCUCAAACUGAGCCGUAUACACAUGAGAUGCCAGAAGAGACUACCCCUUCUGGCAUUUUCGCAAGAGGAUCUUACUCGGCUAGGACAAAGUUCCUUGAUGAUGAUAACAAGUGCUAUUUGGAGAUCAACUACACGUUUGAUAUUAAGAAAGAAUGGCAGGCAACAUGAAGAAAAAUUGUUGUUGCUCGAAUCAUCGCCCCGGACCUUCUUUGUUUUAGUUCUUCAUUUUUUGUCAGUUUUUCAAAAAGAGGAAAAAGGAGGGGGAAAUGAUAUGAAGAGAGUAAGGGGGAUGGUGGAGGUAAUCUUAGCAGUUAGAUUUUUGUUUGGUGAGUGCCAUUCAAUAAAGCUGAGCUUUGUCUAUGAUAGAUUAACCAAGAGUUCUUUUUCUUCUCUUUUUAUGUACUUAGGUGUGUGAUUGAUUCCUUUUGAAUGUCUAGAAACCAAGUAAGAGAUUAUUUCUAAGGAAAUAGAAAACUUUCAUUUACAA